GAAUAAAUCACCUCACUCAAGAUGUCUUUUACCCACGAUAAAACCUGAGUCCCGGCCGCCGGAGCACUACCGGCUCUAGAGAAGCCCAUCGACGCAACCCUUUUUCGCUAUUGUUUCAAGAGAGCUGGCGAUAAUCCCCAGCGUGCCUCUAAGAGACUGAGGCCAGAGAACAUGGUUGACGCUGACCUUUCUGGCGAUGAACAGGACGCCGAUGCGGAUUUGCUCCGCGGAGAAGAAGACGAGUACGACGGCGAGGACAAACCCGACAAAGAGGGGAGAAGAACCAACAUCAUGAGCAUCCCGGCAUCGAUUCCCGUGUCAAAGCUGCGGUACCCGAAGCCGGACGAGCCGCUGACCAGGGCGGGCGUGGCGAUGCCGGGGAAGCAGGACGCGGCGGACGCGCCGCGUAACUCGCUCCAUGCCUUCACCGGCGGGGCGUGGGUCGGGGCCAAGAUCACGGGCAUGAUGGUCGCGGCGGCGUUGAGCAUCCUCGCUCUCCUUGGGCUCGCGAACGGCCUGCUGGGCUGGUUGUGGGAUUUCGUGCAGCUCAUUAUGGGGUAUUUAUUCUACACCGCGGCGUUCCUGCUCGGCGUGGAGAGGGGCGACGAUUUGUUGAUGGUUGCUCGGUUGAUUGGGGUGAAGAUUGUUGCCAACGAGUUUGUCGCGCGAAACUGGGACAUGUCUAUCAAGUACGAGAACCUCACUAAGCACCCCGAGUAUGGUCCGCUGUCUCCGCGAUCGCCACAUAUGCAAUUUGCGGGUUGGCAAUAUCAGCUCGCUAGGGGUUCAGAUCGGUGUUCUCUCGCAGCUUUCUCCGGCUGA